CUUAAUUAAUUAUGUGCUAAAAAAAUGUUCCGUUUUACGUUUGAGAUAGCUCCCAAACGCAACUAACGAUCACAUCCUAGACAGCAAAGAAGGCAUUGUUUCGGCGUCCGCGCCGCGUCGCGAGGAUUUUCAGAGGCCAACCCAACCAAACAAACAACCUCCAAAAACCAUCCCCCGGGAUUAUCUCCGCGAUCUCCUCUUCUCCCCCGCCGCCGCUGCUUUGCGGUUGCACCCGCCCAUGUCCGCGCCGCCGCCGCCGCCGCCUAAUGCUAGCACUCCUGCUCCUGCACCGCCGUUGCCUCCGUCUCUUGGUGCACCCGACCCGCCGCCACCACCACCACCUGUGAUGCCAUCUCGUCCGCCGCCGGCUGCUCCGCCUCCCUCGCCACCGGCAGCGUCUCCUCCUCCUCCUCCUGCUCCACCGGUGGCGCCGCGGCCAACUCCGUCGCCUCCUCCUCCUCCACCGGUGAUGCCGUCGAAGCCAGUGAAACCUGUACCGCCUUCGUCGCCUCCUCCUCCUCCGGUGAUGCAGCCGCCGUCGCCAUCUCCACCACUAAUACCGCCGCCGCCGCCGCCUACUCCGGUGAUGCCGGUGCUACCACCGACGCCGUCCCCGCCUUCACCGGUGAAUCCACCACCGCCAUCGCCGUCCCCGCCGCCUUCUCCGGUGAACCCACUGCCGCCAAUAACGUCACCACCUUCCCCGGUGUCACCACCUUCUCCGGCAAAUCCACUGCCGCCUGCGACGUCACCACCUUCUCCGGCGAACCCACUGCCGCCUGCGACGUCACCACCUUCUCCGGCGAAUCCACUGCCGCCGACGACGUCACCACCUUCUCCGGCGAAUCCAUUGCCGCCGACGACGUCACCACCUUCCCCGGCGAAUCCACUACCGCCAACGACGUCACCUCCUUCUCCGGCGAAUCCACUACCACCAGCGACGUCACCGCCUUCUCCAGCGCCGCCUCCAACGGUGCCUUCCCAACCACCGGAGGCUGCACCGGCGCCGACGACGAAGCCACCACCAACCCCGCUCCCACCAGCUCGAUCGCCGCCAGCGCCAUCUCCAGCUUCCCGCGAACCGUCUCCCUCGCCGUCGCCGUCAGUAGCACCACCGUCUCUUCCAAUCUUCACCCCGUCACCCCCCGGUGGUGGCCGCGGCGCCGCCACUCCUUCGCCGCCGUCGUCGCGGCCGUCGCCUAGAUCUCCGCCGCCGCCGUCCUCCGCCCCGCAAGGAGUGAUGAUCGCCAUCGUCGCGGCCAUCGUGGCGUUGCUCGUGCUCGGCGCAGUCGCCGCCGGGCUGCUGUGCUUCUGCUCGCGCCGCCGUCGCCGCCGCCGCCGCCGCCAACCAACAUCGCCGGGUGAUUUCCUCGGACCCUUACCGGUGACAUCGCGUCAUCACCAGCAAUCACAAUUCAUCAAGCCAACAGUAACAUACCCACCACAGCUGAAUGCACACUCGCCGCUGCAAAGCAGCAGCAACUCCGACCCACCGUCACCGCUGCUGCAACCGUCUCCACCUCCACCGGCGGCGAGCGGCGGCACGGUGUCGUACGGCGACCUGGUGGCGGCGACGAACGGCUUCUCCGAGGGCAACCUGCUCGGGGAGGGCGGGUUCGGGCACGUGUACCGCGGCGAGCUGCUCCUGCACGACGGCCGGAGGCAGCCGGUGGCCAUCAAGAAGCUCCGGCCGGGGAGCCGGCAGGGCGAGCGCGAGUUCCGCGCCGAGGUGGACAUCAUCAGCCGCAUCCACCACCGCAACCUCGUCUCCCUCGUGGGCUACUGCAUCCACGCCGACCACCGCCUCCUCGUCUACGAGUUCGUCCCCAACAAGACGCUGGACUUCCACCUCCACGGGAGCAGCCGGCCGACGCUGGAUUGGCCACAGAGGUGGAUGAUCGCCGUCGGGUCGGCCAAGGGGUUGGCCUACCUGCACGAAGACUGUCGUCCAAAGAUUAUUCACCGAGACAUCAAGGCAGCCAACAUCCUUCUCGAUUACAAAUUCGAGCCAAAGGUUGCGGACUUUGGGCUAGCCAAGAUCCAACCGGGAGACGACACACACGUUUCCACCCGCGUGAUGGGCACCUUCGGCUACUUGGCGCCGGAGUAUGCUGCUACUGGCAAAGUAAACGACAGAUCAGACGUCUUCUCCUUCGGUGUCGUUCUUCUGGAGCUGAUCACCGGGAAGAGGCCUGUCAUUUCGACUGAGCCCUUCAACGACGAGACUCUGGUUUCUUGGGCAAGGCCUCAGCUGACAAAAGCUCUAGAGCAGCAUGUCUACGACGAUCUGAUCGAUCCAAAGCUUGACGCCUUGUACGACGCCCACGACAUGCAUCGGCUGAUCUCCUGCGCUGCCGCCGCGGUGCGGCACACGGCACGCUCCCGCCCUCGCAUGACCCAGAUUGUGAGAUACUUGGAGGGGGAGCUGUCAAUAGAUGACCUGAACGCCGGCGUCGCACCGGGGCAGAGCUCGCUGCGCUCGCAGGAGCACUCCGGCGACAUGACGGAGCUGGUGCGGCGGCGGCUCAGGAGGGUCGCGUUCCCGCCGGGCAGCGGCGUCACCGUCACCGGCACCGGCGCCGUCACCGACAGCGGCUACCUGAGCGAGGCGACGAGCGAGUACGGGGUGAACCCAUCCAUCAGCUCGAGCAGCGGCGGCGACGACGACGACACGGCCGGCGAGGUGGUCGGCGGCGUCACCGCCACCAGCCGGCCGCACGCCGCCGCCGCCGCGUCCAGCCCGGACACGUCCGAGGUGGCGUCACCGCACGCCGGCGAGCUCGCCGCCGACGCCGCCAAGCCGAUGAGCAGACGAACACGCCUCGGCCGCUUUCCGUGAGCGCACUGGAUCUCUCUUUUUCACCGGUGGUAAGUGGUAUAAUUGUACAUGCGUAAAAGUGGCUAAUAGUGGAUGAAUUUUUCAGCU